AUGGGAAUGAAAGGUCGAAGCGGGCCGCCGCCUGAUGCGGCCAUGGAUUUCAAGACUGGAAACAAGCAGCGACGCAAGUUGAUGCACAUCAAGCGCAAGAGAGCUAAAGAUGCCGCGCGGCGAGAUGAGCGCUACGGUUUCAAGAAGGAAGAGGCCAAGAACCCCAAAUUGAGAGAGGAGCGUCUGCGUCGCAAUGUUCCUCUGACUCUUGACCGCAAGCGUGUCUGGGAUGAGGCUGAUAGUGACGCCGAGGAAGACGGUCUGGGUUUGGCCGUGGAUGUCGAGCGCAUCAAGCGUGCCAAGAAGGAAGAAGAGGACGAAUUGAACCGACCGCUGGACGAGGGUGAAGAUGACAGCGAAGCUGAGGAGUCUGAUGCCGAGUCCAUCGACAGUAUGAUCGCCUCUAGCGAUGGCGAAGACUCUGACGAGGACGAGGACGAGAAAGAAGACUCGAGCCGUGGACGGAAAAAGUCGUCGCUUCCCUCUGCCACCGAACGAGCCACUAGCCCUACGGCUUCAGCACGCAGUACAAAUUUGAGUUUGGCUCCUGAAGCUCUCGCUGCCAAAUUCCCUACUCUCUUCUCCGACGAGACUCCCCCGACCCCGAAAAUCCUCAUCACCACCUCGCUCAACUCGAACCUCCACGACGAAGCCGAUAUUUUGACUGGUCUGUUCCCUAACAGCGUGUACAUUCGUCGCUCAGCACACCGCCAUUCGCACAAGUUCUCCAUCCGUGAGAUUGCCAAGUUCGCUUCGAACCGCCAGUUCACCACUUUGGUCGUGCUGAAUGAGGACCAGAAGAAGCCCUGCGGCCUGACAAUGGUCCACCUCCCUGUUGGGCCAACCUUCCACUUCAGCAUCAGCAACUGGAUCGAGGGCAAGCGCCUUCCCGGUCAUGGUCGCGCUACGGAACACUGGCCCGAGCUGAUCCUGAAUAACUUCCGCACACCCUUGGGUCUUCUGACAGCGCACCUGUUCCGCCGGCUCUUCCCCCCGCAGCCUGAGUUCGAAGGACGCCAGGUCGUGACACUUCACAAUCAGCGCGAUUACAUCUUCGUCCGCCGCCACCGUUACGUCUUCCGCGAGAAACGCGAGACAGAGAAGCCAGUCGUGGGCGCCGACGGGAAGGAGAUGAAGGGUGCAGAAGGCAUUCGAACUGGUCUUCAGGAGCUGGGCCCUCGAUUCACCCUGAAACUCCGUCGUGUGGAUAAAGGUAUCCAGCGGGCGAGUGGACAAGAGUGGGAAUGGAAGGGAAAAACGGACAGAGUCCGUACGAAAUUCCAGCUCUAA